ACGGAAGAGAUUCUGCAGUCCUACUAGUUUGGCAAGUCCGCAGGGCGCAAAGCAGCAGCGUAGAAAAGGGGGACAGAAAGUGUUCAUUUGCGCACAUUUUCCACACAGCUCUUGUCCCGCAGACGGUAAACGAGAGACAUAAAGGAGUCAUGGAAACGGCCAUUCAGACAGUGGUGAAGGUCUUCCUCAAGUCGGCCAAAGGAAAAGAGUCUGCAGGAAAGAAAGAAUUCCAAAACCUCGUCUCUUCCCAGCUCGGCAACAUCCUUUCGGGUGCAGACAGCAAGGAUGCAGUCAACGACAUGUGUCAGGGACUAGAUUACAAUUCAGAUGGCAGGGUCGACUUUGAAGAAUACAUGAAGCUCGUCGGCUACCUGGCGUGUUCGCUCAGCGAGCAGCGUGUCCUGAGCGCAGAGGAGCCGGCGCAGAACGCAGCGACCGGACAGGUCGCGCAAACUGCCCCCAACAACACAGAGGAGCAGCCCAAGGAAAACGCAGAGCCGAAGGACGAGGCGAAGCCCGAAGACGCCAAGGAAGAGGCGAACGCGGACGCAAAGGCGGAGGUGAAGGUGGAGGCCAAGGCAGAGGGGGAGAAGAAACCAGAGGCAGCUAAGGAAGAAGCAGCAGCAGCGACGGCUUUGGCGGCAUCAGCCGACGUGAAGGUGGCCGAAAAGGAACCAGAGAAGGUGGAAGAGACGGUAAAGGUGGAGGAAGUGGCAGAGAAGUCGCCCACCGCCGUUGAAGGAGAGAAGACAGAGGAGGCCACAUCGUAGGGGACGAUCCAUCCCUUUACAAACACACACUACACAACAUACGAAUAAUGCCAAAACAAGUUGGAAAACCACUAUUUUUAUAUAUAAUAAAAUACAAAUAUAUGUUAAAAGUUUUACAUCAGCUAUUAAAAAACACUAUUCUUUUUAUAUAUAAUUAUAUAAAUGACAGUAGCUYUGUGCUGCCAAUUACCACUAUGUUAAUAUGUACAGCAUGUGCAUCCCAUUACUUAGCACAUUUACCUCAUUCUGAUGAAUUAGCAUGCACUUGUACGCUAUAUUGUACAUGCAGCUGUGAAAGCUUCCCUGUAAACUAGGAUAUCCCUGGAAACUUGACUGAAGUAUCUUAACACACCACUACAUUCCCAUGCUUUUUAUUUUUAUUUUGUUGUGUAUGUUUGUGGAGAGAGGGCUUUUUUUCUGAUUCUGUCCAUUGAGAUAGUGAUAUUUCUGUUUUCAUUCAAACUGAAAUUGUCCUAUUUUUUUUAACUGGGAGCACUUAGGUSUUUUUUUUUUACACUCCUGACCAACUUAGCACAAUUWAAAAAAAAAGAUUUGCUAAAGUUUCAUCUCACCUAAUUAUCUCUCUGCCCAUACCUGUGAGCUGUCCUGCUUUUAUCCUUCUUUUUCAGCUCUAGCUUUACUCUCACUCAGCCACGAGUUACAAACUGGAACAUYAGGCGUGACCUUUGGCUAAAUAAUUAAGACACAAGGAUGGAAUCUACACUUUAAAGGAGCAUAAGUUUAAAAAAAUAGGGAGCACAAAAUAGUCCCAGUUAAAAGGGCUCGGGGACUAAGAGCAGGUGUCUGUGUAACCUAAUCCACCUCAGUAAAGAAAAACARCUUUAUACUACGCCGUGAAUUACAAAGAGGUAGUAAUUUUUCUGCAAUAAAGAGCGGUUAAAUGGUGCUAAAACGUAUUGUGUGUUUUUGGUAAAUCGAUUACAGUUGUUUGCAGGUUUUAGUCUCAGCUUUUUGGGGCUUUUUUUUAUUUUCUUUAGCCGGCCACACCCUUGAACGCCCUGUUUGACCUGCAACGAGAUCCGCCAGCAUUAAGCAUUGGGAAAUGACUGGAUUAGGYAUUUCAUGAGUAACACACCCUGAGACACAAACAAUUGCAUGAAAGUAAUCCUGGACUCCAGUGAUCUUGCUCCUCGGGGCGAUGCGGUGAUGUUGCCGUCAGAAGCUGCUCUUUUGUUAAGCGGGCAACAACGGUGGCCUUUUCAUACCGCAUUCUCCAUUAUUUGCUUAAUGUGCUGUUYUAUUCUUAUUAUGACCACUACUUGUAUCAAAAAUUUACCUAAAAGUUAUCUUUUUCAAUGCAAUUUUCAAUUCUAAUGAGUGAUUAUUUUCUGCAUACGUCAAUAAAGCAAAAUAAAAAAAAUACACUACCAAACUGUUGCACCUUUCAGCAAAUAAAACCCGUAAAGACGGAUCACGGGAUCACCCUGCCUCACCGAGACACUCCCAUUGUAAAUCCUCUCAUUUACAACUGCAAGCUCAACUGUUAAAAACGCUUCCUGCAUUCACUUUUACUAACACACUUCCUGGGAAAUCUGGGCAUUCAGACUGUAURAUCAUGUUUUGUUUUUGUUUUUUUCCUCAUGAGCUUUGGUACUUCCUGUGAACAACCCUUGAACCAUCUGCUUCUUGUUCAGGUGGGACUAUAAGGUACAUCAGGGGUGGUUCAAGCGAAAUUCUCUGAACUGAUGUGUUAAAAUAAUUAAACUUGCACUACCAGUGAACUCCUAUUAAAUGUGAGCAGACUUGAAUAUCAUCUGGAAAAUGUCACAAACUUYGUUCGUUUUGAGCUUUUUGUUUUAAGACCAGCAUGACUUAUUUCAUAUUUAGCCGUUUUUCUAAUUCCUGUUCUGUGGCGUAAAAUCCACCCCAUUUAGAUUUUGAUAACAACCGCGUACAGUAGAUUUUUAACAAGUGUCCCAAUGCCAACCACAAAAAAAAAACGUCUCUCAUUCUGACAUGCAGCAGAUUAGGAUUAUAAUACAGUUAAUAAUUCACCAAAAAAUGUUUGUGUUAUGGGAUCAUUCCCUGGAUUUUGUGCAGACUUCCAUUUGUUUAUUUCCUGCAAAAUACUGGAAACUGUUCAGCAGCUGGACUCUGUCCAUUUUAACUUUGCUGUGCUAAUAUUAUGUAACGCUGUAUUAUUUGUGCCUAAUCUAUGUAAUGGCUGAUAUAGAAUAAAACUGUGACAAUAUG